AUAAACAAUGUUCGUCGUUUGUGUUUUUAUCAUAAAACUGAAGCUUUCUUUGAGUUUCCUGUUGCUGUUUCCUUCACCCCAACUGUCGACCGCCUCCAGACACAAGAUUUUUCACAACGCAUAAUGAAGUGAAAGCAAAAAUAAAUCCAGUCCCACUACACACUAGCCUGACAGUCGUCACCGUUGACAGCAGUACUGCCCAAUAUGCAAGAAGGAGCACUGGAACAGAGAAAGUUACAAUGGUCAUGGUCAACCCUGAUACGAUAAUAGCACCCUGUUUAAUAUUAUCUACUCCAAAGACACGUGUCAACUCCCUGUCAUCUCUCUGGAUGCUGAAAAAGCCUUUGUUAGAGUUGAGUGGGAAUACCUUUUCACUGUUCUGAAAAACGGUGAACAUCAAAAAUACCAGGUGAGAUAAGGGUGGAGGAUAAAGAAGACAGGAUCAUGAGCGGCAGCAAUAAGCCAUCAUCCGGCCAGAAGGGAGGCCUGGAGCCACCAGGGGCGGGGGAGAACCCGCACACGGACCUCAGUCGAGUAUACAGCAAGGAUCUGUUGCCAACAGCGGGGGGAGAAAGCCUUACUUGCAAAUUCUUCCAGGAACUGGUCAAUAUCCUCAUGGAUUACAUCUUCAAGUCCAACGAGAGGAGCUCCAAGAUCCUUGACUUCCACCACCCCCACCAGCUGAAGGAAGGCUUGGAGGGGUUCAGCCUGGACCUGCCAGACCACCCAGAACCCCUGGAGCAGAUCCUGGUGGACUGUAGGGACACGCUCAAGUACGGCGUGAAAACCGGUCACCCUCGCUUCUUCAACCAGCUCUCCUCGGGUUUGGACCUGGUCGGCCUCGCAGGCCAGUGGCUGACCUCCACAGCCAACACCAACAUGUUUACAUACGAGGUGUCUCCAGUCUUCCUGCUCAUGGAGGAGGUUCUACUGAAGAAGAUGCAAAGCAUUGUGGGAUGGUGCGAGGAAGAGGGAGAUGGUAUCUUCUGCCCAGGCGGAGCGUUGUCUAACCUCUACAGCAUACUGGUGGCCAGGUAUGACUUCUACCCAGAAGUCAAGACCAAAGGGAUGUGCGCUCUCCCACGUUUGGCACUCUUCACCUCUGAGCAUAGCCACUACUCCGUCAGGAAGGCGGCGGCCGUGCUGGGGAUGGGCAGCGACAGCGUGCAGGUGGUGCCGUGUGAUGAAAGAGGGAAGAUGAUCUCGCGGGAGCUGGAGUCGUCCAUCGCGGAGGCCAAGGCCAAGGGUCUGGUUCCGUUCUACGUGAACGCCACGGCGGGGACCACCGUGUACGGGGCCUUCGACCCGCUGACGGCCAUCGCCGAUGUCUGCGACCGACACAAGCUGUGGCUUCAUGUGGACGCUGCGUGGGGUGGAGGCCUGCUGAUGUCCAGACGGCACCAGGGCAAGCUGCAAGGUAUUGAACGAGCUUCGUCUGUGACAUGGAACCCCCACAAGCUGAUGGGGGCCCCCCUGCAGUGCUCAGCCAUUCUGAUCAAGAAGAGGGGUCUGCUACAAGAGUGCAACCAGCUCUGUGCAGAGUAUCUGUUCCAGAGUGACAAACACUACGACAUUUCUUACGACACGGGAGACAAAACCAUCCAGUGUGGCCGUCAUGUGGAUGUCUUCAAGCUUUGGCUCAUGUGGAAGGCAAAGGGCUCCGAAGGGUUUGGGUCCCAGGUGAAUAAGUGCUUGGAGAACGCAGAGUACCUGUUUAAGCAACUCCAAAGGAGGGCUGACUUCAAACUGGUCUUUGAGAGCAAACCGGAGCACAGCAACGUGUGCUUCUGGUACCUCCCCCCGAGCCUCAGGGGGCUGCCCCCCGGGCCCGACACGAACCGCAGGCUGCAUGAGGUGGCCCCCCAGAUCAAAGCCAAGAUGAUGGAGGAAGGGACGACCUUAAUUGGCUACCAGCCCUUGGGCUCAAACGUCAACUUCUUCCGAUGCGUCUUCUCCAAUCCCGCCACCCAGCAUGAAGACGUAGACUUCCUGUUGGAGGAGAUUGCUCGGCUUGGUUCCAACCUAUGAACAUUGUUUUUCCCCAAAAUUUUUCAUUCCUUAAGUAGGCUUGUAAUCCCUCUAGUUUGUCUGAGAUUGAGCUGUCCAGAUGCUCAGAUCAGUUAUAAUAUAUAUCCGUCCUUGUGCCAACUGAUGGAAUUAAUGGAAAGCCAAGU